AUGCCGGCACAGGAGAUGGCAUCAAGGGGGUUGGCAGUGCUGUGUGUGCUGGUGGCUGGCCUUGGUCAGGUCGGGAGCAGCAGCCAAGCGGGCAGGGAGGACCUUAACCCAGCGGUCCUGUAUCCAUGGAGACAGAGRAGCAGUGGAGGUCUGAGCAGGGUGAAGAGGGACUGGAUCAUCCCUCCAAUCAGGGUGCUGGAGAACAGCAAGCAGGUCCCCGAAAACCUGGUCCAGAUCAAAUCAGACAAGAUUUUCACCGGAGAAGUGAUCUACAAGCUGGAAGGACCAGGGGUUGACCAGGACCCUAAGUACCUGUUUGAGAUAGACGAUAAAACGGGCUGGAUCAGGAGCAUGAUUCCCCUGGACAGAGAGAAAUACAGAAGCUUCACGCUGAAAGCCUUUGCCCUGUCGCCCAGUGGAGAGAGACUGGAGAAUCCCUCCACCAUUGAGAUCGUAGUGCUGGAUCAAAAUGAUAACCGGCCCAACUUCUCCCAAAAAGAGUUUGCUGGGUCCGUUUAUGAAUUCUCCGUACCAGGCACAUCUGUGAUGUCUGUGACUGCGACUGAUGCUGACGACCCAACCACAGACAACGCUAUMYUGAGCUACUCUAUCAUUGACCAGGAGAGCAUCCCGCUUCUCCGCAUCAAUAAGACCAUGUUUGGCAUCAACAACGAGACAGGGGCCAUUUACACACGAGACGUGGGUCUAGACUGGGAGGUGGUUAAAGGUUUUAGGUUGAAACUGCAGGUUGCUGACAUGUCAGGCAUGGGGUUAACCAGUCUUGCNACACAGGCUUUCUGUCCUAAAAACAUUAAUUUAAUGUCCCUCCCUAACACGAGCGCACUGGUGGACCUGCACGGCUCGGUGAUUGACGCAACGUAUGGCGGCGGCUCCAGAUUGCUGUGCUGCUCAUAUGAGAGGCUUCACAGAGAUCUUACACAGGCUGAAGUUGGACAAACAGACCGGGCCAAGAUCACAGACCUGGGUUUCUGUAAGCCAGAGGCAUGA